UCCCAAACAUAUCCCAAAUGUCCUUAAGAUAUCCCGGAUAUCCUCAGGAGGUCCCGAAUAUUCCGGGAAUGUCUUGGACGUCCUCUGGAGCUCCCAGGGAUAUCUCACAAGAUUUCAUGAGUUGGCGCUAUGUUGAAAUAGAAAACAGCUCAGAAAGUACCACAUCAAAAAAACGAAGUUGUAAAUUCGAAGUACUCACACAGUCUUCUCAUUACGAUGGGCCAUUGCCAGACGGCUGUGAGAAUCCACAAUAUAAGAUUGUUAACUAUUCAGACUUUAAAUUAAAAGUGGACAGCUUGGCGGACAACUGUUGCGGUUUAGUGAAUGGGGAAAUAAUUUUGGUGAAAAAUAUUGUGUAUGACUCACGUAAAGGCAUACUUGUUUUAACAGGAAAUGAGUAUGAGGAAAAAAACAAUUUUUACACUGAACCAUGCGACUCUUCAUCACUUGACAUAUGGUCAGUUGGAAAACUGUCAGAGUUGAAAACAUGGCCUUUAGAAGAUGUUCGCCAAAAGUACGUGAGAUUGCCAUAUGGAUCCAACAACUUCGCGGUUUUUCCGAUGCUACAUGUAGAACUUAAUUAA